UUCUAAAGAUCCCGCGCUGUGCCGAACAUGCAGAGAGUGCGUGAGAAACGCCUGGAGGAAGUAAGAGGCAAUUGCGACUGUUGGAAAAUUCAACACUGCGCUUUCUUUGCUGUGUUUUUAAAAUGUGGGCACGAGCUGUGUUGUGCGCGGUGCUACUAUCUGCGCUGUGUCCAGCGGGGAAGACGGAAGCCGAGAGGGACGAGAGAGAAGUGCAGGACUACCACAACUCCAACAGACUGCUUGGCGCGCUGCAUGAAGUGCUGGAGAGACUGCAAACCAAGAGGAUUAAUCCCUGGGAGAAGAAGUAUGGACAGGUCCCCUCUUGUGAUCUUGGGGAAUACUGUGCCAUCAGGAAAGGAUCUCGGAUUGGGAAGAUGUGCGACUGUCCCCGAGGAGCUUUCUGCAACUUCUUUCUCCUUAAGUGCUUAUGAGCAAAUUAGAUCAUGUCACAAGAGUCUAUUUUAAAUUGUAGAUUUAACCUUUAGAAUGGAAUGAAUCCUUUGUGAAUUUUUAUGUGAAAACAUUUUUGUGCUGCAUUAAAGGUGUUUUAUCUUGCUUUUAAAAACUUUGUAGAGGGUUUUUUUUUUCUUUUUUUUAUAAAUUACACAGACCUUCUCAUAAGUUUAGAUACAUUGCAAGAUGUGCACCAUUCUUAUAAAAUCCUGACUAAUCGGGCAAAAGACAGGAACCCUGUUCAAGCUUGCAGUUCUUGUAUUAACACAGAUAUGUAGCAUAAAUGUAGCCUUUUGGGAUCUGUGAGAAGUCAUAUUUCCUCUGAUGAUAAAAGCCAGACUCUUGACAAAAAGUGUUGAGGUAAUGUAAUUUCAAACUAUUAAUGUUAAACUUAAUGAUAAAAAGUAGGUAGUAGCACAAACGAAGUAGAAAAAUCUUUGGAUAUUUUUUCACUGUGUAUUUGUGAUACAAACGUUUGACUUGCUUUUCUACAGGCCCUUUGACAGUUAUUCAUUUUCCCAGUCUCCUAACAGUGAUGCGGAUGUGGCCACGUCACCAUGAUGGUGUCCAUAACCCAGACUUAGAAGACACGCAUCCAUGUAAAAUUUUCAUUACCUAUUUGUCUGAAGCAGCUGUUUUCAGCCUGUAUUGUUUUUACGUUUUUCCUACUAUUUUUUUGUAAAAUCAGCUGCUCUGCUGCCAGUAGACUUUACUCUGUUUGUGAUUGUCAGACAGACCCACACCCACACACAGAGCAUAAGCCUGUGGCAGCACAGCAACCCUUUUCCAAAAUCAGUCACUGUGAAAUUACAAGUUUAUAAACUUACCUUUAAUACUAUCAGGACAAACGCAAAGUUAUCAUGACUUAAAAAGGCUACAUCAAAUUAUGUAACACAAAUAUAACAGAUUCGAUGAAGUUAAAAAAAAAAAAAAAAAAGGCAGUCCACCACAAUUUGAAAGGAAGCAGGACUUGAUCAAUCAGAACCAUUAUUUGUUAGUAAAUGUAGAAUGGGCUGUUUAUUAAAAAUGACUUUAAAUUGUGUGUCAAAACAAUAAUGAAAUCAAAGGACAAGCACGGUGGGAAAACACAUGUUCCUAAUAUUAAGGAGCCUUGUGUGGCCUCUUCUGUUCCUCCACAUAAUUACUGGCAUGACUGAGUUUAAAAGCAUCAAAUUUACAAACAUAAUUGCAUUUUCAGCCAAUAAUUGAUGGGGUUUAUUUAGUUUCACCCAACUGGUCCUACACUUAUGAGAAAAGGAUAGCUUAACACCUCAAGUUUGGAGAGAGAAAA